GUCCGACAAGACUGCAGAUUCGAACAAUGGCUCUGCAUCCGCCGUCCUGCGGAAGGUCGUAACCUCGUCUGCUUUUGGCUAUGGUAUCAUGUUCCUCAUCCUCGCCAACAUGGUAAUUCUCGGCGUGGAGGUGGACGCUUCGCGGCAUUUGCCACCGGACGAGAAUCCGGACUAUUUCUUCAUCAUCAACAACAGCAUCGUUUGCCUCUUCGUGCUGGAGAUCAUUCUCAAGCUCAUGGCAUUCGGAUGCAAAACCUUUUUCUGCGGGCGGGACCGUGGUUGGAACAUUUUUGAUUGCAUCAUCGUGGCCCUGUCUCUGGUGGAGUCGGCAUCGGACCUGAUCAGCAGGAAUAUGGCUGCGGAAGCCGACACUUCGGCAGCACCGAUGGAUGCCGGCCAUCUGAGGGUGGCGCGCUUCACACGAUUAAUCCGGGCUCUGCGGGGCGUGCGCGUGGUUCGCCUGCUGAGGUUCAUCUCGUCGCUUCGCGCCAUCCUCUUCUCAAUCAGCUCCACCCUGGGGUCCCUGGCGUGGACCUUGGUGCUCCUCAUGAUCGUUUUCUACUGCUUCGGCGUGAUCAUUGCGCAGUUGGUCUCCGACCACUGCAGGUAUCAUCUUUCUCCGGAAGAUCCAGAACACCUUCGCUGCGCCGUGAGCUUGGGCAUGUGGGACGGCGUGCCCGAGAGUAUGAUGACGCUGUUCCAUUCCAUCACCGGAGGCCUCAGCUGGGUCGAGGCAUUCACUCCCUUGCGGGAGAUCUCGAGCCUGGCCGCGGCAUUUAUGUACGUGUACAUCGUGAUGACGGUUUUUGCGGUUCUUAAUGUCGUCACCGGCGUGUUCUGCAACACCGCCAUCGAGAAUGCGAAGGCAGACAAGGACAUCGCUGUCAUGAAACAGAUGCAGAAGCACCGAACACAAGUGGAAGCCCUUCGCGCGGUUUUCAACGACAUUGAAGUGAACCAGUCGAAGCUGAUAAACCUGAGCGAACUGAAGGUAGCUAUGCAAGAGUCCAAGUUGGGAAGCUUCAUGGAAUCCAUGGACAUUUCUACGAAGGAUAUUUGGACCCUGUUCAUGCUAAUCGACGCUGACGAGAGCGGAGAGAUUUCCAUUGACGAGUUUGUGGCAGGCUGCAUCGAAAUACAAGGGCCCGCUAAGAGUAUCCAGCUGGCGAG